UUUUUCUUCAUUUCCAAAAUAUUUCAAACUCAAACACUGUGUGUGUGUGAAAAAAAAAAAAACUUCAAAUUUAGUCGCCGGCUCCGAGAUCGGCUUCUAAUCAUCACCGUCUUUCUCUCCGAUCUACCUUUAUUUUCGUUUAUAAAAAAUGGCCGAUACCGAGGAUAUUCAGCCCCUUGUCUGUGACAAUGGAACUGGGAUGGUGAAGGCUGGAUUUGCUGGUGAUGAUGCACCAAGAGCAGUAUUUCCAAGUAUUGUUGGUAGACCGAGACAUACCGGUGUUAUGGUUGGUAUGGGACAAAAGGAUGCUUAUGUCGGAGAUGAGGCACAAUCUAAGAGAGGUAUUCUUACUUUGAAGUAUCCUAUUGAGCACGGUAUUGUCAGCAACUGGGAUGAUAUGGAAAAGAUCUGGCAUCAUACUUUCUACAAUGAGCUUCGUGUUGCUCCUGAGGAGCAUCCAGUUCUUCUCACAGAAGCACCUUUAAAUCCCAAGGCCAACAGAGAGAAGAUGACACAAAUCAUGUUCGAAACCUUCAAUGUCCCUGCCAUGUAUGUUGCCAUCCAGGCCGUGCUUUCUUUGUAUGCCAGUGGUCGUACAACAGGUAUCGUGUUGGAUUCUGGAGAUGGUGUCUCACAUACAGUUCCAAUUUAUGAGGGUUAUGCACUACCUCAUGCAAUCCUUCGUCUUGAUCUUGCUGGACGUGACCUUACCGAUUCCUUGAUGAAAAUUUUGACUGAAAGAGGUUAUAUGUUCACCACCACUGCCGAACGGGAAAUUGUCCGUGACAUGAAGGAGAAGCUCGCAUACGUUGCUCUUGACUACGAGCAGGAGCUUGAAACCGCAAAAAGCAGCUCUUCUGUUGAAAAGAAUUAUGAGUUGCCCGAUGGACAAGUUAUCACAAUCGGAGCAGAGAGAUUCCGUUGCCCAGAGGUCCUCUUCCAGCCAUCUCUAAUCGGAAUGGAAGCUGCUGGUAUUCAUGAGACCACCUACAACUCGAUCAUGAAGUGUGAUGUUGAUAUCAGGAAGGACUUGUAUGGUAACAUCGUGCUCAGUGGUGGCUCAACCAUGUUCCCCGGUAUUGCUGACAGGAUGAGCAAGGAGAUCACUGCUCUUGCCCCCAGCAGCAUGAAGAUCAAGGUUGUUGCACCACCAGAGCGAAAGUACAGUGUCUGGAUCGGAGGAUCAAUCCUUGCAUCACUCAGCACCUUCCAACAGAUGUGGAUUUCCAAGGGUGAAUAUGACGAGUCUGGUCCAUCCAUUGUCCACAGGAAGUGCUUCUAAGUAUGGAUUUUGUUGCUUUUGAAGGUUGAGUUUCUUUUGGAUUUUGGUUUUUCUAUUGCCCUUUUUUUCGUGUUAUGUUUAAUGUGAACUAAGUAAGACUGGCAGACACUGGGAUAUGGGGAAGCGAAGGGGAUUAACACCACGUUCAUCUCUUAAUCCAUCGCUCUGCUCUGCCCCCGUUUAUUAAUUGCUGCCAGGGAUAUUUGUAGUUGGAGAGUGGUUGUGAUGUCUUGUUAUGAAUUCAAACAGUCUGUCAGGUCUCUUUUUUUAUAAGAAAAAUCCGUUUGUUGGCAAUACUUAUGUAAAAGCCUACUGUAUCAGAAAUUGCCUUAGACUCGCAGUUUGUGGUUAUUUUUAUCAUUUAUAAGGAUUCUAUUUAUUGCAGAUUUA